UGGGAUAGGCUGGGAGUUUUGUUGGGAAGUCGUAAGCGGAUCGGGACAAGGCACAACUGGGAAGAAAGGAAGAAAGAAAGGAGGAGAUCCAGGAUCCUUACAGACCUUCAUGCACAAAUCGACUGAAUGUUGGACAGGAAAUCUGACGCAGUAAAUUUGCGGAAAACGGGCUUUGUCAGAGCCACGGGUGACGGAACAGAACUGCGUGGAUGACAGAGAGAGAGGUGCUGAAAAGGCAAACUUUUCCAACCGGCUGAGAUCGCUCGUAGGAAACUUGGAGUGGAAUUUCUGCGCUUUUUUGUUGUUGUUGUUGCUUUAACGGUCAGUGGAAGAGGAGGACAUUAUGCCGCGGCGCACCGUCCAAGAAGUAACCGUGCAGGAUGUCCAGAAGCGAAGGAGUCCCAACAAACACUAUGUUUACAUCAUCAAAGUGUCCUGGAGUGAUGGGAGUACAGAAACCAUUUACAGGCGUUACAGCAAGUUCUUUGACCUCCAGAUGGAAUUGCUGGAUAAAUUCCCUGUGGAAGGAGGCCAAAAGGACCCAAAACGCAGAAUCAUUCCAUUUUUACCAGGAAAGAUUUUGUUCAGGAGAAGCCAUAUCAGAGAUGUGGCCAUGAAGAGACUAAGGCCCAUCAACGAGUACUGCAGGGCUUUGAUCCAGCUGCCAGUCUACAUUUCCCAGUGCGAGGAAGUCAGAGUGUUUUUUGAGACCAGACCUGAAGACCUCAAUCCACCCAAGGAGGAGCCCAUUGGAAAGAAGAAGUCAGGGUUUGUGGAGAGAGCGACUACUUUCCUAAAGCGAGGAGAUCCUACCUCUGCAGACCCCCUCUUCCUGGAACAGUACGUGGCAGUAACAAAUUAUGAGAAGCAGGAGGGCAGCGAAAUCAGCCUGCUUGUUGGUCAGGUGGUGGAGGUCAUAGAGAAAAAUGAAUCCGGCUGGUGGUUUGUGAGCUCAGAUGAUGCGCAGGGCUGGGUCCCUGCCACCUGCCUGGAGGCACAAGACGACCCGGACGACUUCACACUUCCAGGGGAAGAAGUGCCUCGGAGAUUCUGGUCACUGCCAAGGCAUGUGGGUCGGCGCAGAACUUUAGGGGAUCUAUUCAGCACAGGCUUUGGGCAAGAAGAAAAAUACUCUGUGAUUUACCCGUACUCGGCCAGGGACCAGGAUGAGAUUGACCUAGAGAGAGGCAUGAUCGUGGAGGUUAUUCAGAGGAACCUGGAAGGCUGGUGGAAGAUCAGGUACCAGGGCAGAGAGGGCUGGGCACCAGCUUCCUACUUGAAGAAAUCAGACAUUCAAAGACAGUUGGCUGGUGCUGCCUCUCAUGCCAGCACCAAUGACCUGGAAGGUGUUUCCAAACAGAACCUGCAGAACAAUGCAGCAAGAGACAACAGAGAGAACCAGAAGGAAAACAGGCUCUCGAUUUUCUCUGAUAACAACAAAAUUAAAGUAGGAUCAAGACACGGACUUCCUCCACGCAGAGAUCUAACCAUUCCACGUGGUACAAACUUGCCUAAGCCACCUGUACCACCUCAGGUCGAGGAAGAGUAUUACACUAUAGCUGACUUUCAGACCACCAUACCAGAUGGGAUUAGCUUCCAAGCAGGGGUCAAAGUUGAGGUGGUUGAGAAGAAUGCAAGCGGUUGGUGGUACAUCCAGAUUGAUGAUAAAGAGGGCUGGGCCCCUGCCACUUUUAUUGACAAGUACAAGAAGACUAGUAAUGCCUUACGACCCAAUUUUCUUGCUCCAUUGCCCAAUGAGAUGGAGAAACUCAGGCUUGAAGAUGGUGGCGCCAAUGUUUCUGAUGAUACCUGGUCUAAACCUUUACCAGAUGAGCCAACCGCAGCCUCUGAUUCCUAUUCCCGCCCCAAGCUAAGGGACUGGAAAUCCAGUGCCGGGAAGACAACACCUGCCUUCUCUGGGCCUUUACCACCAGCUCCAGCUGCCCCCCCAGCAGAAGAAAAACCAGCUCUGCCACCUCGACGGGAGUCUAUCAAUAAAAGCUUUGAGUUGGACGCUGCAGAGAAGCCAAAAUCUGAUCAUUCCAAGCCUUUGCCUCCAAAGCCACCAGCUCCCGGAGUCAUAAUGCCUCUUGCUACUCCAAAAUCAGCUCCUUUCAAACCAGAGAAACCACCAGAGAUUAGGAAGGAAGACAAGAGCAAAGCUCUUCCACUUCGCAAUGAAAUGGGUCUUGAGUGUGGCCACAAGAUUUCUGCUAAAGAGGUGAAGAAGUUUAAUCUGAAACCUGUACCCAAACAGCCUCCAAAACCUAAGACGGAUACCCGGGAAGAGAAACCAGAGGUUGCUGGGCCUUCGGCGUUAAUAAAGGGUAAACCUUUGGUCAGACCAAAACCCAUGCCAGCUGCCAAACCUGAUCCACCAGCAGAAAAUAAAGUGGACAUUACCAACUUAAGGAGCAAGUUAAGGCCAUCAAAACCUGCAGACAUUUGCUCUACGUCCACUGAAGUAAACCACCAAAAUGAUUCCUCUGUCCCAAGAAGCAAUUUACCCCAAAGCUCUCCACCAAUCCACAUCCCUAUGCUCAAUAAUGGGAAGCACUCUGAAGAGCCAAAACUCCCUCCGAAACACAUGAAUGGUCUUAGCCAGGAUCGAUCACCCCCCCCCGUAAAACCAGCAGUGCCCCCACACAAAGAACCACCGCAAAGACCGCCGGCCAUGGCUCCAAGAAGACCUCCACCUCCAAAGAAAUCUGACCCGUCAAGUCCAACUGAAAACAAGUCUCCUUUUAAAGAACCGCUGGAAGCUCCCAAGCUUGGACCACCUCCACAACUCAGCAGACCCCCUCCCCCCAAACCCAAAGCAUUUGUCCAGCCACCUAUAAACAAAGAAAAAGAUGAGCCCAAGAGCACUAAAGUUCCAAUUCCUCCCAAACCCCAAAUGAAGCCAGAAAAGCCCGGACCACCUAAAGACAAGCUGCCACCUUUACUCAAGGAGCCAAGUAGCGAUGAGUUGUAUUUAGCCGUGGCAGAUUUCGAAGGGGAUGAGCAAACAUCCCGCUUCAAGGUGGGUACUGUGUUUGAGGUACUUGAGAAAAACAGCAGUGGUUGGUGGUUCUGUAAAUAUGUAGGAGAAAAUAUUGAGGGCUGGAUUCCCUCAAACUACCUGAGCAAGAAACCUUAGGUCAUAUAGUUCAUUAAAAAUACAAUCGGAAGUGAACAAAUAAUAGACAAAGGUUAUAAAUGAAAAAAA